GGUAAGGAAAGAGAGGAGUUUGUUUUACUCUUUUGUGUUUUUGCAUAAAAUAACGUUUAUAAACAUUUUUUCAGGUGUAUUCCCCCUCUGAUGAAGGCCUUUGCCAGAUACACUUUUUUUGGAUUAUUUCCAAAACUAGUGUCAGGGGUGUUUAUGUUAAGCAUUUCCCUAAACUUCGGGUGCAUACUACCGCAUCAGAUUAAUGGAUUGGAAGGAAGUUUAAGAAUUAAGAGAGGAAGUGCUGAUAGAGUCUCGUGUAUGUCUUCAUUACCAACAAUAAUGAUCGGGAGAAAGUGCCCAAAGGACGAAUCAACGUUUGAAGAAAGAAAACAAGUCUUAAAUUGUUCAUAUAUUCCUCAAAACUGUACAGACCCACUCAAAUUUCAAUACCACUGUGUACUAAAUGAGUAUGCUAACCGAUCAGUUGAAGUAUGCGCAAUCCCUACCAGAAUUUUAGGAAGUGUUUGUGCUGAGUUUAAUAUAGGAGGGAAAUUUGUCCAAGAACAUUACACAACACCUGUACCCUGUUCAAGAUGUCCGUUUGUGUAUACAUCGACUGAUGCUUACAAAUAUCAGGAAUGUUAUAGAGGCAUCCAAAACAUUUCAUCAACAACAACAGUGUUAUCAACGUAUUCAGUUCUUAUUUCAUCAACACAUCCAACAGGUCUACAAUCGACUUCCUCUAAUAUACCUGAACUAAAUGUAGAGAAAAACAAGUCCUAUAUUUUGUGGAUUUUUGUAGUUGCUGGUGUGAUAGCAAUCGUACUGGUCAUAGUCAUUUUUAUAAAAUAUAUAUGGCGUCGACAUAAUCAACCUGAUGCAGAAUGUCACCAUCAAAGUGAGGAAAAUAUAGAACAAGAAACACCAUUUAUUGAAUUAAAAAGUACAUAAAAAUUGCAUAAGCAUAUGGUUGUGUUUUUUUAGUAGACAUUACUCACAAAAUGUUUCUACAGAGGAAUUUUUAAAUAUUUAAGUAUAAAUCAUGAACAUUUCAAAAUAAAAUGAAAC